GUCGGCCACAUUAUCUGAUAAGCCAAAACCACUAAGUUCUGCCAGUACUUAUAGAGAGCCCGUGCUUGAUUACUGUACAGAAUUGCGCUUACCUGGCCCUCAACACUCGAUCCACCAUGAGCUCCGCGCUGACUGGUAAACUCAAAGCUUUUGUACUUGGUUCGCCUAAUGCCAAAAAAGUCUACCAGAAUCUCCAGGCUGCUGACAUCCCAGUAACGACCGCCGAAUGCAGGUCCUGCGCCGACCCUUGCGAUCAGGACCACGAUGACUUCUCUAGCAGAUUGGAUAUCGACAUGGACUCGGACAUGCUGGGAUCAGUGAAGCCCUACCACCGACAGGUGGUCAUAUCAACCGGAAAGACAGACUGGGCGAACGAGGUGACCGAAGCCGAAGGCACGCUUGCCGCCUUCUUGAACACUGUCAACACUUCCUUGGGCACCUCAAAGAAGCCCAAGUCCAACAACGGUUCCUCACCGCCUGGUGUAUUCUCUCAUACCGAAGCAGGAAGGCUUGCAAUUCUCAAUGGAAGCCAUAAGCCUUUCUCUCAUGACGAGUCGGAAGAGACUGUCAUCGUGCUUCCGGACUUCAUGGUCGUGUCUGGAGUCCCACGCACGUUGGCGGGCGCUGAGGCAUUGUGGAAGGCUGCUGUUGACCCAUCCCUUGAUCGGGCAGGAGUAACUACCCGAACGGACAAUCUGAACACAUGGGUUCUGCCGUACUCGUGUCUGAUAUUGCUGUGCUCGCAUAAGAGACGAGAUAAACGAUGUGCUGUCGCAGCGCCAAUCUUGGAGCAGGCCUUCCAUCAAUAUCUCGAGCGAGAAGGCUGGGAAGUCCAUACUGACCUGCACGAUCUCACCUCCGAACCCUCCCUCGAGUCACAAGCUAGCUCAACCACCGAAAAGGGACAACUAAUCGAGACUCAGCUCAAGUCUCUUCAAGCCGAGCACAAGGCACUGAUCCUCAAGAAUUCGCAUGUCGGCGGGCAUAAAUUCGCAGGCAACUGUAUUAUCUACACUCCUCGUGGAGCCGGUGUGUGGUAUGGACGUGUCACGCCCCAUGAAGUAGAAUCGAUCGUCAAGCACACAAUUAUUGAUGGCCAAGUCCUCCCAAUUAUUCUUCGUGGUGGGGUGGACCUCGCCUGCCGCGGAAAAAAAUCAUUGUACGAUUGGUAACGAAACCAUCACCUAGAUACUCAUGAUGGAUGCUGUAAAUCUGUGGGCGGAAUUCACGCAUGUUUUGGUUGCAGCCACCCAAACG